AUGUCUCCUGAAGAAGAAACCUUCAAGCUUGCGCGCCAAAUCCAUAACUAUUCACAAAGUCCUGAAGCUAAAAAUGCCAAUUUGGUCACAAAAGAGGAUAAGAACUUAAUUGCUGAAUUAAAGCCAUUCGAGAAGGAAAAAACUCGCAACGAAAGAGCAUGGCUGGCCCACUGGAAUAAGAGUGCCGCAACCUUUCAAAAAGAUCUUGCAAGGUGGCGGUUGUCCGCUCAUAAGCAUGUUUCACAAACGCAAACAUCGUCACAUGCAGAAGGUUCAUCAUCCCAACACCCCCAAAACCAAGGCUUGUCAGCUCCUGGGCCCUCUGCGCCAAAACCUUUACUAGAAAUAGAUACUCCUAGUGCUGAACAAGCAGUUGAGGGCCAAGGAGGAAUUGUACAACAAGGUUUGAACCUUCUGAACAGGACUUUAGGCCGGUCACCUCACUCAGAAGGGACAAUGCUUCAUGAGAAUUUGGAAAGGACGGACCAAAACCCUGGAAUACCAUCAAGUAAUGCUUCUGCCUUUCCAGAAGAGAACAGGCAAGAAGCAUCAGUGCAAAUGACCGCACCGACCCAGUCUCAACAACAAGCCGCUAAGCAAAGCCCCAGGCUAAACCAAAAUAUUUUAGGCAAUCCUCCUGUUCCUCCUCCUCCUCCUCCUCCUGUUCCUCCUAUUCCUUCUUUAAGUAACCCUACCCCUCCUCCUCCUGUUCCUCCUUUAAGUAACCCUGCCUCUCCUCCUCCUGUUCUUCCUUUAAGUAACCCUGCCCCUCCUCCUCCUGUUCUUCCUUUAAGUAACCCUGCCCCUCCUCCUCCUGUUCUUCCUUUAAGUAACCCUGCCCCUCCUCCUCCUGUUCUUCCUUUAAGUAACCCUGCCCCUCCUCCUCCUGUUCUUCCUUUAAGUAACCCUGCCCCUCCUCCUCCUGUUCCUCCUUCAGGCAAUUCCCCUGUUCCCUCAGAAGAGAACAGGCAAGAUCAAGACCCUUCAAACAUAUCUCAACAAGCCGAGGAGCAUAACACUGUUCAACCGCAGGAGCCACUAGUACAAGAGAGCAGACAGGAGAUCUUAAACCAACUACCCUCAGUUCAAGGCCCUCUACAGAAUUCCCCACAGACACAUGAACCCUUACAGGUACCGGAACCGGAACAAGAUGAGCUUAGACAACGGCAACGGGAAGAACUUCAAGAAUCACAGUGGCAAGAACAAGUACGCAAGAUACGGGAACAAGAGGCCGCAGCAAAGAGAUUUGCGGAAUCAAGACUUGAAGAAAUUCGUCAGGAAGAAUUAAAUAGACUUCAAAACGAAUCAGACAGUUACGACAGGAGACAUCUAUUAGACCCCCCCCCUCAGGAUGAACCAAGGAAUCCAGAUAUACUAGCUCAAUCUGGACCAUCAACUCAAGAAUCUUCUGUCGAUCCACUCUCAGUCCUGAGCCAAGGACCAUCACAGAGUCAACAAAUUGAUCUUAAGCCAGAGCACAUCUUAUUGAUAUUACAAGGGUUGACCUCUAGACUAGAGGCUGCUGUAUUCAAGGGUGGGCAGGACGUCGAUGCAGUCUUAGCGGACUAUAAAAGAUUUCGCCACAACCGUCAAGGAUACACUGCUAUUGCAGGGGGAGACUCUCUGAUAUGGCCACAAUGCGAAGAGUUGUUGAAAAAGGCAAGAUCAGAUUAUCGUUGGAUACGCCACCAGCAAAGUUUGACAAGCCGCCGUAUGGGAAAUCCUGAUGAGGAUGACGAUGAUGAUGAUGACGAUGACGUUGACGAUGAAGACGACAAUGAUGACGGUGACGAUGGCGAUGACAACGCUAAUCGGAGGCAAGAUAAGGGCAAAGGAAUAGACAGAGAUGACAAUCACAUGGACAACUAUUAUUGCCACAACCCUUCGGCUUUUGACCCGAGUAAAUGGGAGAAUAACUACAAAAUAGGCAAAGGCGAGAGUAUGAGAAGGCCUUUGUGCCUACGUCGUGCAGGGAACGACAAAGAACCCAUACCGUCAUUUACAAAGUCGAACUGGCUUUGGCACGAAAUCCUCGACGUGGACCAGCAAGGAUCAGAGAACAAGGUCUGGGCGUUAUUCAGAGGCGUGACUGCUCGCAACUCUUACAUCUUUGCAUAUCCAGGAUCUUCAGGGGCAAGGGUCCGGAUCCUUCCCAAGGCGGUUUUCCCAGAAGUCGAAAGCAAGUUCACACUUCGCAACCCAAUUAACAAGUACAGAAUCACGUACGGGACCUUGAACAUUAUAUAUCAGCGAGAUAUAGUAGCGCAUAAUCCAUUGGAAAUCGCUUACCAAGUGGGCUUACAAACUCGAAAAGACGGCGACAUGCUUUUUAUGUGGCCCGAUUCGAUCGAUGGAGAGCAAAGAGAGCUUUGGUACACCAAAUCCACCGUUUAUAAGGCUUGUAACAAAACUCGUGUAGACAGCUGGAUGGAAGUCAGUGCAGAAAGGCCAAUUGGGAACAUUGCCUUUCCACUGGAGAUACCAAACAUCAUAGAUACAAGAAAGUGUCGGGAACGAACAGCUUCAGCUGAAGCAAACCAAGAAGGGCCUGAGCAACUAUGUCACAUAAAACCAUUCGGGAAGGAAGCUCUCAGCUACAAGGAAGCCAUCUACCAACAGAACGCUCUCAACAAGAAACCUUCCAACAAGAAGCCGUCCAGCCACAAGAAAGACUGCCACCACAAGAAACAUUUCUACCGCCACAAGAAAGCCACCCACAAGGAAGCUAUCAACAAGGAGUCUAUGUGCUACCACAAGAAAGCUACCAACUAG